CCGGUCCGCGGCCUCCGCGCCUCUCCGCGGGCGCGGUCCGCCAUGCCUUCCUGGGUCAUAGACCGGUACGGCCGCAACGACGUGCUGCGCUUCACCAGGGACAUGGUGUUCCCCAUCAUACACUUCCCGAACGAGGUCAUCAUUAAAGUUCAUGCCGCGAGCCUGAACCCCAUCGACCUCAGCAUGAGAAGUGGUUAUGGUGCAACUGCAUUAAAUAUGAAGCGGGAUCCACUGAAACUCAAAAGCGCGGACGCUGAAUUUCCACUAACACUUGGUCGAGAUGUCUCUGGUGUUGUUAUGGAAUGUGGACUGAGUGUGUCUUAUUUCAAACCUGGAGAUGAGGUGUGGGCAGCAAUUCCUCCGUGGAAACAGGGUACUCUGUCAGAGUUUGUGGUAGCUAGUGGAAACGAGGUGUCUUUUAAGCCAAAGUGUCUCAGUCACACAGAAGCUGCCUCCUUACCAUAUGUAGGUCUCACAGCCUGGUCUGCAGUUAACCAAGUUGGAGGACUGAACCGAAGUAAUUGUAGUGGGAAAAGAGUAUUAAUAUUAGGAGCUUCAGGAGGAGUUGGUACAUUUGCUGUACAGCUAGUGAAGGCCUGGGGUGCUCACGUGACAGCAGUUUGUUCUCAUGAUGCCAGCACACUGAUGAAAAAGCUUGGAGCGGAUGAUGUGAUUGAUUACAAAUCUGGAAAUCUGGAAGAGCAACUUAAAACAUUACCCUUAUUUGAUUUCAUCCUAGAUAAUGUUGGUGGAUCCACUGAGAAGUGGGCUCUAGAUCUCCUGAAGAAAUGGUCAGGAGCAACAUACGUUACCUUAGUGACACCUUUCUUGAUCAAUAUGGACAAACUUGGAGUGGCUGAUGGCAUGUUACAAACAGGAGUCACCGUUGGUUCCAAAACUGUAAAGCAUCUCUUUAAAGGAGUCCAUUAUCGGUGGGCAUUUUUUGUGCCAAGUGGCCCAAGUUUGGAUGAAAUAGCAGAACUAGUUGAUUCUGGAAAGACCUUCUAUGAAACUAUGGAAACAAAGUUCAGAAACAGUAUCUACGUGAAUCAAAUUGAUGUGAUAAAAGCGACUGUAAAACAGGCAUCAAGUGCGCAGAGACCUUAGGCUGCCAUGGCAGAAUCUCAUGUUUGCAAUAAAGGUACAGCCAUUAAUAAACAAAUGAAGAAAUUUUUUGCAUCUAAUCACAUCAGUAUACAAGCCUGCCUUUGUUUUCCUAAUGCCCUUUGGCUAUUGCAUCUACAACUACUAUAUAAGAAAAUUUGCUCUGUACAAAUUAAAGUUAAUGAGAAGCUAGAUUUUUCUUGCUUCAGCAUUUUAAAUGGGGAAUACAAGAUAAGCAAGUACUGUGAGUUACUAAACUGCAGGAAAAAUGAAAUUAAGUCCUAGGGCCUGUAUAAUUCAGGAGGUCAGACUAGCUCAUCGGGUCUUUUUUGAUUCUAGAUUAAAGUAACUACAACACAAUCCUUAAUUUAUAGGCACGUUUAGUGCCUAUCCCACUGUAAAUACCAUGUAAUUAAGACACAAUGUAAUGAGAUAACACAUUUGCUUACCUUUGAUAUCUAA